AUGGCCUCCGCAAACCCCGUUCGCAUCGGCUACGUCCCCGAACACUACCUCCUGCCCCUACAUCUCGCGAACCGCAAUAGCCUCUUCCCCUUCCCAGUCGAGCUCACCCCUUGCCCUUCCGGCACCGGCCAGAUGAUAUCGCUGCUCCGCGAAGACAAGAUCGACCUCGCCAUCGGCCUGACAGAGGGAUGGGUUGCGGGGCUGCUAACGCCCGAAGGUAAACAGCAACGGGGAUACAGCAUUGUUGGCAGCUGGGUGGAGAAUCCCCUGCGGUGGAGCAUCGUCACCGGCAAGGGCAGGGAGGAGUUAAGCUCGGUGAAGGAUCUGCUUGAGGGUGGUGUCGCGAAGGGGAAGGUCAAGGUGGGCGUGAGCAGGAUGGGAAGUGGUAGUCACGUGAUGGCGUUUGUGCUGGCGCAGCGGGAAGGUUGGGAUACGGAGAAGGAGGUGGAGUUCGAGGUGCUGGGGCCAUUCAAGGAGUUGAGAGAUGGGGUGAAUGAGGGGAAGGCGGAUUUCUUCAUGUGGGAGCACUUUACCACCAAAGGGUACUGGGACCAGGGGGUGAAGAAGGAGUUGAAGUGGCUGGGUGAAAUCUAUACGCCCUGGCCUAGUUGGUGUGUCACAGCCAGCGAGAAGAGAUUUCCGCAGCCGGAAGGGGACGAGACGCUGAAAGGCUUCUUCGAGGCGGUGGAUCAGGGCAAGAAGUUGUUCCUGGAGAAACAGGAUGAGUGCGUUCAACUGCUAGGUACGAGAGAAUUGGGCUGCUACUACGGCGAGGAAGAUGCGAGGGAGUGGCUGAAGGGGGCCAAGUUCUUUGAGAAGACGAGGGGUAUCGAUGCGACCAUGGUUGACGAUGUGGUCAGAGUGUUGAAAGGCGCGGGCGUGCUGGGCCAUGAUGUCCAGCGAAUUGACGGAGAUGGUACUGCGGGAGUCAAGAAGGCAUGA